CUCUGAAACUGUAUUCAGUGCGUUUGUUUCUCGAGAAAGCUCAUUCAAAUUUCUCCGAACUUGGAUUCUAAUGCCACUGUUAAGUAACCUAGAUCGCGGCGCUUUUAAUUCUUGAUUAUCUGAUUUCAUAUCUGUGGGGGGCAUUUUCACGAGAUGAAAUUAGACGCUUUCUUAGAUUUACUGUGUUCUCCCGGAAUUUGAAAAGAAAAUGUGGGGUUUCCUGAUUAUAUUUCGUUUCUUUUAAAAUCGAUAGUGUUAGGUUUUUACAAAUUUUGGUGAAAGAGGAUUUUUGGGGUUGUUGAAGACAAUGUCUGUAUCAUUGACACCCUCGAAGAGACAACGCGAUGACAGUCUCACGGAGCCAGACGGGAAAGGAAAUCGGCGAAAUCAGCCUUCUAUGAAUUCUUCCGGUAGUGUUUUUUUUCGUGUUCUGUGUCCUGCUUCGAAAGUUGAUUGUCUUAUUGGAGAAGGGAGUUCUUUAGUUUCACAGAUUCAGCAAGAAACUGGUGUAGAACUCAGAGUUGAGGAAGCGAUUCCUGAUUGCGACGAGAGAGUUUUCGUUAUUGGUUUUGAGAAAGAGGGUGAUGGAGCUGGUGAAGAAGAACAAGAAGAAGAAGCCAAAGAUGAUUGUGAGACAAAGGAAGAAGAAGAUAAGAGGAUUUCGUCACUUAAGAAGGCUAUGGUACUUGUUGUUGAGAGAAUGAUUGAAGAACAUCGAGAAACUGAUGGAGGGGAUGAAAAAAGCAAGAAAUCUUCACCAUUUGUUUUGAGGUUACUUGUACUCUCAACUCAAGUGGGAUGCAUUUUGGGAAAAGGUGGCUGUGUGAUCAAGCAAAUGGCAUCUGAUAGUGGUGCGCAAAUUCGAAUUCUUCCAAGGGACAAACUUCCUCCAUGCGCAUCAUCGUUGGAUGAAUUGGUUCAGAUUACUGGGGAAGUUGAGGCAGUAAGAAAAGCUCUUAACUUUGUCUCUCUUCAGCUUUUGGGGAAUCCCCUCCGUGAUCAUGACGUUUUCUCUACCAAUGUUACGGCACCAUCCUCUCAUUUAUUUGAUCAACCUCGUCCUAGACCUGAAGCAUUCCCAUCAUCUAAUCGUUCUUUUUCUGCUCAAGGAGCACCCUAUGCUGAUGGGCCUCGUGAUGUUGAUUUUCAUUCUUCUGCUCCCCCAUUAGUACCUAAAUUUCAUGAUGGUUUCCAUAGUCGAAUGAAGCCAGCACUAGAAAUACUAACCUUCCGGAUAUUAUGCCCUGCUGAAAGAGUGGGGGCUGUAAUUGGAAAAGGUGGAACAAUUAUCAAGGCAAUUCAGCAAGACACUGGUUGUGAGGUUAAAGUCAUAGAAGAAGGCAUGUCUGGUUCUCAGGAUCGUGUUAUUGCUGUAUCUGGUCAUGUGCAUCCAGAUGAUCGGGUAUCAGCUGUUCAAGAUGCAUUUCUUCGUGUCCAAAGUAGAAUAGUCCGGGCAGCACCUGACAGUAAGGAGCAGAGUGUGACAGCCAGGCUUCUUAUUUCCUCCAAUCAGAUUGGCUGUCUUCUUGGCAAGGGUGGUUCCAUCAUAACAGAAAUGAGAAAGUUAUCACGAGCACAUAUUCGUAUAUGGGGCAAGGAUCAAAUUCCAAAUUGUGCUUUAGAAGAUGAAGAAGUAGUUCAGAUAAGUGGAGAGUUCGAAUCAGUUCAAGAUGCUCUUAUACAGAUCAGCACUAGGUUGCAGCAUAAUUUUUUUCGUGAUGCUUUUCCUUCUAUUAAUCAUCCCACAAAUCCUGCACUUUUUGAUCCUCCAUUCCUGCCAUAUUUGGGACCGCGGGAGCUCUCACCUCCAGGAAUGCAUUCAAACUAUGGCCCAUCUUUUCACAAGUUUGAUUUGCACCGACAUGGUGGUUUCCAACCUCGUGAUGAUCGUGUCCCUUUCAUGCAUGAUUUCCAUAGGUUUGGUGGCCCAACACUAUCUGAAAGAAGACCGUGGGGUCCUCAGAGACUUCUUGAAGGUGGUGGUCCAGGUCUGCCAGACUUUGGUAGAUUUCCCGAAAGAGAAAGAGUUGGCCAGUCGGCUGUAGUUUCUAGCACCACUGUUGAAGUUGUUGUUCCUCAUUCAGUUGUUCCAGCAAUUUAUGGAGAAGAUGGUGAAUGUUUGAAACAAAUUCGUCAGAUUUCUGAUGCAAAUAUUACUAUUAUGGAGCCUGAGGCUGGAGCGGUGGAAACUGUGAUAAUUAUAUCUGGAAUACCGGAACAGACUCAUGCUGCACAGAGUCUAAUUCAAGCAUUUGUGAUUAGUGAGACUGAGUCUACUUAAUAUUCCUUGUUCAGGUAACACUCAUAGCUACUUUUGUUGGGACAUCAACCUUCAGUCCAUAGAUAUGCUCUGCAGCACACAAUGUAGAAAAAUAUGGUACAUUCCUGCUGUUAAUAUGCACUCUUUUUUAGUUUCAAGAAGGAAAUUAGUGCUAUUGUGCUUGCUUAUCUUUGGUAAAUUAUGGUCUAUGUUAGACAACUUCAUUUUC